GGCCUCCCAAAGUGCUAGGAUUACAGGUGUGAGCCAUUGUGCCCAGCCAACUUCUCCAAAAGAAAUAUUUUGAUUGAACUGGCUGGAUCUGACUACCUUGAAUAUCCUGGAGGACCUCAGGACAAUAUGGUCAGGACUCAGUGACCUUUGAAGAUGUGGCUGUGAACUUCACACAGGAGGAGUGGGCUUUGCUGGAUCCUUCACAGAAAAAACUCUACAGAGAUGUGAUGUGGGAAACCUUCAGGAAUCUGGCCUCUAUAGGAACAAAACAAAAAGAAUGGAACACUGAAGAGCAGUACAAAAACCAGGGGAGAAAUCUCAGAAAUCAUAUGGUAGAGAGACUCUGUGAAAGUGAAGAAGGUAGUCAUGGUGAAGAACGUUUCAGCCAGAUUCCAAAUCUCAGUCUGAACAAGAAAACAACUUCUGGAGGAAAGCUUUGGGAAAGCAGUGUAUGUGGAAAAGUCUUGAGCCAUCAUUCAUCCCUUAACACACACAACAGAUCUUACACCAGACACAAACUGUAUAAGUGUCGGGAAUAUGGAGAGAAGCCGUAUAAAUGUAAGAAAUGUGGGAAACCCUUCAGUUAUCUGCAGUCUUUUAAAAAGCAUAAGAGAACACACAGUGCAAGGAUAGUCUACACAUGUAAGGCCUGUGGGAAAGCCUUCAGUUGUCAGCGUUCUUUCCAAAUACAUGGAAGGACUCACACUGGAGAUAAACCCUAUCAAUGUAAAGAAUGUGGAAAAGCAUUCCGAUAUCACCAGUCCGCUCAAAGACAUGAAAAGGCUCAUACUGGAGAGAAACCCUACAAAUGUAAGGAAUGUGGGAAACCCUUUAUUUACCGCCAUUCUGCUCGAGCACAUGAAAGGAAUCACACUGUACAGAAACGCUAUGAAUGUAAACAAUGUGGAAAAACCUACAUAUCUUCUGUAGGUUUUCAAGCACAUGAAAGAACUCACACUGGAGAAAAACCCUAUGAAUGUAAAAAAUGUGGAAAAGUGUUCGUGUAUCACAACUCUGCUCAAAGACAUGAAAAGACCCACACUGGAGAGAAACCCUACAAAUGUAAGGAAUGUGGGAAAGCCUUCAGUUAUCACUGUACUGCUCAAAAGCAUGAAAGGAAUCACACUGCACAGAAACACUAUGAAUGUAAACUGUGUGGGAAAACUUACUUGUCUCCUUUAGGUUUUCAAGCACAUGAAAGUACUCACACUGGAGAUAAACCCUUUGAAUGUAAAAAAUGUGGAAAAACAUUUAGAUACUACUACUCAGCUCAGAGACAUGAAAGGACUCAUACUGGAGAGAAACCCUACAAAUGUAGGGAAUGUGGGAAAGCCUUUUAUUGUUGUAGUUCUGCCCGAAGACAUGAAAGGAUGCACACUGCAAAGAAACAGUAUGAAUGUCAAAAAUGUGGGAAAACAUACAUUACUCUUGCAGGUUUCCAGAUCCAUGAAAGAACCCACACCGGAGAGAAACCUUACGAAUGUAAACAGUGUGGGAAAGCCUUCAGUAGUUCCAGUUAUAUUCAUAUACAUGAAAGAAUUCAUACUGGAGAGAAACCCUAUGAAUGUAAAGAAUGUGGAAAACCCUUCAGUUUUCUUACAGGCUUUCGAGUACACAUGAGAAUGCACACUGGAGAGAAACCUUAUAAAUGUAAGGAUUGUGGCAACGCCUUCAUUUGGCGUGCAUCCUUACAAUACCAUGUGAAGAAAGUGCACACUGAAUAGAAACUAUAAAUGUAAAAUAUCAAAAGUUUUGCAAUUUUAAUGAUUUUCAAAGUUGAUAUGAAAGUUCAUACUGGAGAGUAGUUGCAUGAAUGUAAGUAAUACAGGAAAGCCUGAUAUAACUUAAUUCAGCUGUAAUGCUCCAGAAAAUUCAUGCCAUGAAAAAAUUUUAUAAAUGUAUUUAUCAGUGCCACGUCCCUUUUUGAUUCUAGUUUUUAAUAUA